AUGGCUUUCAUGGAGACUUUGUUAUCUCUGAUCUAUUUCCUCUCAAGUGCAUUGUCACUACAUUCUGCUGCUAUUCAUGAAAGUCCCCAGUCCAUCACUAUAAACCUCAUUCACCCAUUCUCUGUCCACUCACCAUUUUAUCUAGGGAAGAACAUAACAGAAGUGCAGAAGAUUAAUCUUCUUAUUCAAGCCACAGAAGCUCGUAUGGAUCAUCUAUUCCCAACCACAACACUGAAUCAAGGAAAGUACAAGAAUGGCACCAGCGAGGUUGAUGAAAUAGCCGCAAUAGUGGAAUAUACAGGUACUUACUAUGUAGCCGAGGUAGGUAUCGGUACAUUUCCCACAAGCCCAAAGGGUCUUCCUUAUUACUUGCUUAUGGAUACUGGAAGCCACACUACUUGGGUCCAAUGUGAAGGUUGCAAUCCAUGCUUUUCCCUAACACAGACACCCAAUUUCCCAUUUCAAAGAUCUCAAAGUUAUAGGUCCAUUCCAUGUGGUCACCAAGAGUGUCCGACUCCAAGAGAAGCUUGCUAUGGAUCAUCCUGUGGAUUCAAAGCAAGGUACGGUAGUUCCGUUGGGCCUUCGACAAGGGGAACCAUUGCAAAAGAGACCUUAACCUUCUCUUCUGAUAGAUUGGGAGAUACAGAAUCGCAUGACAACAUAUUCUUGGCAUGUGGCUUAGAGAAUCAAAACAUUCGCUUUCCACAACCGAAUAAAAUUGCUGGAGUUUUGGGAUUAGGGCCUGGAGGCCCUGGAACUUCUCCGAUAUGGAGCCAAGUACUAAAAAAACGCUUCUCUUAUUGCUUAGCUACCUCUGAGCAAACCAGUUCUCGGUUACAUAUUGGAGAAGGUGCAAGGAUGGUAGGACCACAAGUUGUGUCUACACCAUUGGUGAAAGGAGCUAACCCUUCACUCUACUAUGUGGGAUUGAAAGAUAUCGGCAUUGCAGGGACUUGCCUUAGGAUACAAGGAUUAUAA